UAAAGCAUGAAAUUCUAAAAGGAGAUGACACUAAUAUUCGUCCAACUAUACACUAUAUUCCGUUGGAAGUGUUUCUAAGUGAAACAUGUUACAGUUUUUCGUCUUCGGCUUUUUGAAUCUACUUUGUGAUUUUUCACUAGGACAAGAUUUAACCCAUAUAGAAGAUAUCAAAGUUUUAAGUGAGUUGCCACUGGAUCGAUUGUUAACAAUUCAAAGAGGCUUUGUAAAGGAAGAUAUUAUUAUAGAGAGUAAUAAUACUGAAGAACAACUGGAAGGCAGAGAGUUUCCACAUGCUCUAGCUUUGCAGGGAAAACCUAAGUCUAGAGACCGUGGCGGCUACGGUGGAGGAGGGGGUGGUGGACACUCGCAACCAACAUACUACUACGAAGAAUACUACGAAAAGGAUAACAGCAAAAGCCAUAAAAUUCAAAGUAUUUUCCAACUUUCUGUGACGUCAUUAGCUUUCCUAGCUUUCGGAGGCUACCUCUUAUGCCUACUUAUCCACGCCAUCAAGGCAAAACAAAAUACUAAUACCACUAACACUGUUGUUACUCAAGCUUUAGCGACCUUUUUGGCUAAUAGGAUCAAAAAAACUAAAAAUCAGAAUAGAUUUAGGAAACGGAAGAAAAAUUUAAAGAUACCUGUAAGGCCUAAUGUUGUAGUUAAAGUCCAUGGGCCGACGAGAAAUUUAAAAUUACAAAAAAAGCCAAAUAAUAGCAACAAAAAUAAUGGGAACAGAACUUUGAACGCAGGUGCUAAUAUUCAUAAACUACCCACUUAUGUUAGCAAUCAAUACGUGUAUAGAAUUGGUAAUAAAAGAAGCCGACGUAGAUCUAGACGAGAAAUAAUUGGUAGUGUAGGAGGGUAUAUUGUGUAUGAUGAUAUGUAUUAUGGUUUGCUGCAUUUAUCGGAAGCGUAUACCAAAUAUCACACGAUUGACUAUGUUCGAUAUAAUAACACCAUGGCUUGAUUAGUAGUUGGCAGAUCUGGGAUUAUCAGUAAUAGGGGAGAGUUGGACAAAACCGGGUAGGUUGAUAAAACCGGGUACCCCUUAAUUCUUCUAACUGUCUGCUGCUAUCUAUUAGACAAUGUUAAAAUUAGUGUCCCUUUACCACCAACAGUCGUGUGUAUUCAUUUCUACCUCAUUUGAGUAAUCUGUGCCGGAGCAGUAAGACCUCACCUGUUUUUUGAUGCAGGAAACUCGAUUUUUAAGCUAAGUUUAUAGCUGUUUUCUCCUCUAAUGAAUAACUAAUGGUCAUUUCAAAAUUUAAUACAUGUAACCUAGUAUAUUACCUUUAAUUUGGCCAAAAAUUUUGAAUAUUAUUUCAUAACUUAAAAUUUUAAAUAACAUUUAAUGUCUCGUUUACGAGUUUGACAAAACCGGGCAGUCCGGAAAUUGACAAAACCGGGUACCCGUUGUUACCUGUUGUUACUUCCAGUUUCUGGAGUGGUUUGUUUGCUUUUAGUUAACUACAACAUGUGGCUUCUUCUAUUGGAGAAGCUAGUAAGAAAGCUAGUAGGAAAAAUUUUAAAAAAUCUCCAGUCGUAAAAAAAUUAAAACUAAAUGAACUGGACAAAAAAAAAGAAAAAGCGUGGUAAAAAGGGCUGCACCAAAAACAAAAUUUUGGAGAGUUUGGAGGAAGAAGAUAUAUAAUAAUGACGAUGAGUGUCUGUAUUACAAUUAACUAUUUUUAAAUUAUAAUGUGAAGGAAGGCUGGAUAAAAUGUGUGUCUUGCACCAAAUGGGCUUAUGACGCCUGUAGUGCCUAUGAUGAUGUAGAUGAAGUUUUUAUUUGUGACUUAUGUUCAUAGAUUUUCGAUUUUUAUUCACAUACUUUUAAUAAAUAGUUUAUUUUCUG